ACGUGGGAUGGCGGAAGGAGGUGGCGAGUGAGGGGCGGUGGGCGCCUCGGGCUGGGGGAAGUGGCGGGGAGGGACGGAGCCGGGGUGUGGGAAUAGCCCAGGGGCGGCCAGACUUGCUUAAUGAAAGAGCCGCAGAGAAUAAACGUGAGACGUUUGAGAGCCACAAGGCAAGCAGGCAGACAGGAAAGAUGGAAAGAAAGCAGCUUUAAAUGCCUUCUCCAAGCCACCAACCAAUGGGGUGAUAGGGGCUUCAAGAACCGCGCAGUGUGUGUGGAAGAACCACAUGUGGCUCCUGAGCCACAGUUUGAACACCCCGGAAAUAGACCGACCAUGCUUGGGCAGACUUAAAGGGGGGCAUCAUCUAGAGCAGGGCUGGCCAAACUUGCUUAAGGGUGAAGGGAAAAAGAUUGACUGGCGCAAAUGGAAGCAAGAAAGAAAGGAGGAGAAGAAAAAAUGGAAAGAGAUAAAGCUGCUGAGAAAACUAGAGAAGAAGAAAAUGCAGGAGCAGAUGGAGAAAAAGAAGGAAGAGGUGGAGCCCCAGGAAGAUAAAGGGCGUCACUAUACAGUCAGCGUCGCCCUUCCGGGCUCCAUUCUCAACAACGCACAGUCACCAGAGCUGCGGACGUACCUUGCCGGUCAGAUCGCCCGGGCCUGCACCAUCUUCUGCGUGGAUGAGAUUGUGGUAUUUGAUGAGCAAGGCGAAGAUUCCAAGACCACAGAAGGAGAAUUUGAGGGGAUCAAGAAGACAGGGCAAGCCUGCGUGCAGCUGGCCCGAAUUCUGCAGUACCUGGAGUGUCCCCAAUACCUAAGGAAAUCUUUUUUCCCAAAGCACCAAGAUCUACAAUUUGCAGGACUCCUGAAUCCCUUAGACAGUCCCCACCACGUUCGGAUAGAUGAGGAAUUGGACUACCGCGAAGGGGUGGUUUUGUCGCGGCCCACCAAGCCAGGCCGAGGGUCCUUUGUCAACUGCGGGAUGCGGAAGGAGGUGCAGAUAGACAAGCAGCUGGAGGCUGGCCUUCGGGUCACUGUGCGGCUAGAGAAGGAGCAACAUCCCGACAGCAAAACACGGAAGGGCACGGUAGUGUCAUCGCACCAACCCCGAACUGCCUCAGGCCUUUACUGGGGCUACACCGUUCGCUUGGCUUCCUGUCUGAGUGCCGUCUUCGCAGAAUGCCCUUUCAAAGAAGGCUACGAUCUCUCCAUCGGGACGUCUGAGCGGGGGAUCUCUGUGGACCAGACCGCUGUGCCUUCUUUCAGCCACGCUCUGAUAGUUUUUGGUGGCUUGCACGGCCUCGAAGCUGGUGUAGAUGCCGACCCAAACCUGGAGGUCUCCGAUCCGAGCACCGUGUUUGACCUUUAUUUGAACACCUGCCCAGGGCAAGGAAGCCGCACCAUCAGGACCGAGGAAGCAAUACUCAUCUCUCUGUCAUCGCUGAGACCCCGGAUAGAAGAAGCAGUGGGGAAAAAACCAGAAGCAACUGAAUGAAGGGCCCUGACCAGAAGAUGUGACAAGUCUUCCUGCUCCCCUCCCCCAAUCUGUCCUUCGUGGCUAAAAAAGAAAGUGAUGGGGUACCAAACGUCCCCAAACAGCACCAUCCUCAUUCCCUCUACCUGGGAAGGAUCGGGAACAAGGCCAAAAUGUACUUGCAUGGUGGAAACAACUUCUUUUGGAGCACCGAAAUGCAAGCAGAGGAGGAAUUGGGUGAGCAGUGACCUCCGUUGAGUCUGUGUCAUCUGGGAAUGAGAAAAUCCCAGCUCUGAACACUUCUACAUCUGUUAAUCAGGAACAAAGUGAAUAUUUUGCAUAUUCUGCUCAGUAGACUUGCAAGGAACAUGGAAUUUUCAGAACAUCAUCUUUGGCAUAACAUUGCAGAAAUAUAUUAAUAAAAUGGGUAACUUUUUAAAAA